AUCGGUGCCCAGCAGUGUCAUCCUGCGCCCACUAGCUCCGCCCACCUGUGCCCAGCAGAUCACCCACCUGUGCCCAGCAGUGUACCCACCUGUGCCCAGCAGUGCACCCACCUGUGCCACUCUGCAGUGUCACACACCUGUGCCCAGAAGUGCCACCUACCUAUGCCCAGCAGUGCCACCCACCUGUGCCCACCCACCUGUGCCCACCAGUGCCACCCACCUGUGCCCACCCACCAGUGCUGCCCACCAGUGCCACCCACCAGUGCAGCCCAGCAGUGCUGCCAGUCAGUGCCACCAGUCAGUGCCCAGGGGUUGUGCCAGUCAGUG